AUAUUAACUUAGGAAAGUUGUUUAUUAAUAUGUUGGCGAAAGCGGAAAUUUACCGAUCAGAUCAGCCAACCGCAUCGAACUUCGUCCGAGUUGGUUAUAUCGAAGUCGCAAGGCAAGAGGACGAAAAUUCGAUGGAAGAACUACAGUUGCAGAAUAUCAAACUCCUUGACCAAGGCGACGGGCAGAAUUUCCAUUCGCCCGAAGAGAAAGCUUUCAUUCGCAAGGCUGAAGUCGACACAAACCACGGCAAAAUACAUGUGACAUUACAUGGUACCGAAGGCAAACCGGCCAUAAUAACAUUUCACGAUAUCGGACAGAAUCAUGUCUCUGCCUUUCAGAGCUUUCUCAACUGCGGCGAAAUGGCGCCCAUAUUGCAGUAUUUCACAAUCUAUCAUAUUGACGCGCCAGGCCAGCAAGAAGGGGCCUCACAAUUUCCCGAAACAUUUCAGUAUCCCACCAUGGACGACCUGGCCGAAAUGAUCUCGGACGUAGUGGCGCAUUUUAAAUUGAAAUCUUUCGUGGGACUGGGCAUUGGCGCUGGAGCUAGCAUUCUUUGUCGAUAUGGCUUGAAAUAUCCGAAAUUGGUCGACGGUUUGAUGCUUAUCAAUUGCUUCUCGGGGAAAAGUGGCUGGGUCGAAUGGGGCUACGAGAAGAUAUCUUCUCAUCAGCUGAAAAGUAAAGGCAUGACAGCAUUCACAGAAGACUACCUUGUUUGGCAUCAUUUUGGUAAAAGAUCGACAGAGGAAAAUCGUGACUUGGUCGCGUCCUACCGCAAGAGCCUGGAGACGGCUUUCAAUAAUUUCAAUCUUGGUUUGUUUGUGGAGUCCUUCAGUAGGCGAAGUGAAAUCAACAUGAGACGACCUUUGCCAGGCGAAGCAUCGAAUAUCCCUUCAUUGAAAUGCCAGGUCUUACUGGUCGCUGGCGAUUAUUCUCCUCAUCUCGAAGAGGUGUUAUUAACAAAUUCUCAUAUGGAUCCGACCUGUUCAUCUUUGAUGGAGGUCAGUGACUGCGGUGGAACUCCGCUGGAGGAGCAACCAGCCAAGAUGGCUGGCGCAUUCAGAUUGUUUCUCCAAGGCUUGGGAUAUGUGCCAAGUUUAGUGCCAUUGAAACCACAGAGGCCGUACGAUCCAAGGGACCAUCAAGGACCAAUAGGAGUCUAAAUAUGCGUAUAAGGACAAUAUUCUACGUAGAUACAUGUCCUAUAUAUGGUUGUGUACAAUGAUUUUAGAAUUUAAUUCGAAAUGGUUGUUGGAGAUGUCACAGAGUAGAAAAUUGACAGAAAAGUAACUCAGUGGUGGGUCGUAUCUCAGUAAUGUUGUUUACUGGUCAGAAAUUACCCGGGAAAAUGGGAGAGUAUAAUAGUGGUUUUCCGCACAAUGCAUGCGAUAAACUUAAACAAUCUCGACAAAGUUGUUUUUCUGUUAAUUUCUUAUUCUACGUCUACGAAAAUGAGUUGAAUGUAACAUUUAUAGUAUAAGUAGCCUGGAUAUAUACUGUACCAUAAGGUUAUUUAUAAUUAAUCUCUAUAGGCCAAGCUUGUCUCUUUUAACAAUUUUUACAUAUACGGGAAAUUACAAAUAUAACAAGUUAAUAUACUUCGUAUAAAAUGUUUUGAGAGAGCACAAAAAUGUUUCGCGAAUGAUUUAACGUCUGAAAAAAGAGUUCAAUUGCCCAAUGUUUAAGAAUUGUGAUGCUGUUUAGAUAAUAAGCAGUAAUCAAACAGUCACGACUGUUUGCGCUCAUUUAUGAAGCGUGAACUAAUUCACGGGUUUGUUUACGUGUUGAAAUAAUAGUAGACCCUAUUUGUUUCAACCUUUCGCCUUUAAACCGCCUAUAGAAAAAAAUGUAUGUUUCCAAUUUUUUGAUUCUUCGUUUAAUAAUUUAUUUUUCAUGUGAAAACAUUGAUUGUGCCUG